AUGUGGUGCCUGGAGAGGCUCCGCUUGGGUCCCGAGCGCCUCCUGAGGAGCAGGAACGGGAUUCUUCAGGGUCGGGGCCGCCGAGUCCCGGCCCUCAUGCCCGCCGCGUGGGAAAACGUGCUCACCCCGGACCGCAUCCCCGAGUUCUGCAUCCCCCCGCGACUCGCGCCCUGCACGGCCCUGGCUGCACUCCGGGUUUCCUGGCUCGAAGCGGCAGAAAUAGACGCCGCCGCCGGGCACACGGACUGGGACCCGCGCUCGCAGGCCGCGCUCUCGCUGCCGCACCUGCCGCGCGCGCGCACCGCCUACGGCUUCUGCGCGCUGCUCGAGAGCCCGCACACUCGCCGCAAGGAGUCGCUCUUCCUCGGGGGCCCCGGGGCCGCCCCGCUCCUACCCCCGGGCGCAGCCCCCGCCCCCGCCCCCGCGCUCCCCGCCGGCCCCCACCCGAUCCCCGACGCGCCCGCCCCGCCGCCCGGCGCCCACCGCCUCCUGCGCGCCCCCGAAGGACUGCUGAGCCGCGCGCUGCGGGCCCGCAGGAGCCGCGGCCUGGCGCGCGCCCGUUGCGCGUCCGGUCGGGACGAGGACGAGCAGCGCGGCGCCGGCUCGCGGCCCCCGGCCCGGGCCCCUUCCGCGUCCCCGCCGCCGCCGCCUGCCUCCGACCCGGGGCCCGAGUGCCUGGAGGCCGAGGGCACCGUGGCCCUGGGCGGCGCCGGGGAGGCCCUGCGCCUGGCCGCCCAGUACAGUCGGGCCAGCGGGCGGCUCCGCGUCCGGCUGCUGGGCGCCCAGGGCCUGGCCGCGGGAACCGCCGAGCCCCGCGCCGUCGGCUGCCGCGUCAGCUUCGUCCUGCGGCCGCCGGGCAAGACGCGGCCGCAGCGCAGCGCCGUGGUGCGGCCGAGCCGCAAGGCCGCCUUCGACCAGGACGUGUGCCUGGACGGGCUCUCGGAGGACCAGGUGCGCCGCCUGGCCGUGCGCGUCAAGGCGGAGAAGCGGGGCCGCGGCCGGGAGCGGGGCCGCCUGCUGGGCCAGGGGGAGCUGCUGCUGGGCUCCCUGCUGCUCCCCUGA